CGUGUCUCCGGCCACGCCCACGCGCGCAUAGGUGACCCGCCCAGGUGUGAAAGUCACCGCGCGCUUCAGCAAGAACAAACACACCUGAGAGACGCGAGAGGACGCGGACCCGCUCCACGUUCAACGGCGAGCUCGCUUUUACUCCACGAGAGCUUUCACCGACCGGCCGUCGAGUGUUUAGGAGCCCGAGUGUGUUUCUGAAGAGGACACAGAAAAACUUCAAGGAGACUUGAGAAACUGAUUAACUAGAAACAGCAGAGCAACUAAACGAGAAACGCCAAUUAGAGAAGCCAGAGCUGCUGAAGUGCAUUGUGGGAUUUUUGAUUGAGUUUGCUGGGAAAAAUUGAACCGACCUCGUGACAAACUGACCAACGGGAUGCCAGGAAUGAGUGCACAGGAAACCAGCACGGGAAACGAGAGGAAAGGCUCGGUGCACGUCUCCAAACACAAUGCGGACGCUCAGAAAAGAUCGUCUAAAGCGAAGAGCCUCACGCUGGAGGACGAGGACUGGGUCUGGACGGCUAGUAAGAAGACCGCUCCGAUCGGCGGGUCCAACCUGACGCGCUCCGGAAGCGUUAAAGAUCUCAUAUACAGGUUCGACGGGGCCCCGGCGCCCCCGCCGCGCCUCGGCUCGCUGAAGAUCAGACGGCAAGACGUGAGCGCGCGGGAUUCUGGGAAAAUGAGACACGAAAGCAGAGAGAGAGAGAAGAAGCAGAACCCGGUCCCCAGUGAGCCGUCGGGACCGGAAAUGCAAGACACCGCCGAACGGAAAUGCCCCGGAGCGGAGGAGGAGAAGAAGAGCGAUGACAAACAAGCGCCCGAGCGCGGUAAAGACGGAGCGCCCGUCUCUGGUCCCGGUCCGCAUUCCAACCUAAACGGAGAGAAGCAGCACAGCGGCCCUCGGUCCGAGGAUGAGCCCCUGACCCCCAAGAUCCGCACCAACCCCAAGUACCAGCUCUACCUGGGCUCCAACGGCUCCAGUGGCUCCAACGGGUCGGUGGGGGACGGCGGCGGCCCUCCCAGCGGGAAUCUGAUGAGGAUCAGUUCAGUGAUCCGCGGCUCCAUGGAGUCGCUCUCAUCCCGGGACUGGGACAGCAUGUCCGACAGGGUGGGUGGCUUUGAAAGUCCUUCCCGAGUUUUCAACAGUCCGUAUGCCACGCUCUCGCUGGACUACAAUCCCAUCAGCAGAAUGUCUGACUUCAAGACACAGGAAGUGAUGUCACCGGCCGUCUCUGAGAUGAACCUGUUUGGUCUGAACCGAAGCGUGAGUCCUGGUAGCAGUCCAGCUCUGAACCACCGCACGCGAGUCCCCGGAUACGACAGUCUGACCCGCAGACGAGACGCGACUCCAAGUCAACUCAUGCAACGAAACAACCAGCCGAACAAGCUGGAUUUCAUCCAGGAGCUGACCAAACAGCUGGACGACUGUCGCAGGAGGAACCAGUUUCUGGAAGCGGAGAGCAUCGAGAUGGAGAAGGAGAGGAACCAGAUCCGCUUCGAGAUGCGAGGUCUGCUCGUGAACAACGAAGACCUGCUGCGGACCAACACACAGAUGCAGGGCGAGAUGAACCGUCUGCGCGAGAAGAUCGUGGAGUUAGAGAGCAACAACAACGUCAUGAUGGAGCGCUUCAAACAGAUGGAGAAAGAGCUGAAGGAGGCGCGGGAGGUGAUGGUGGAAGCAAACACGCAGGAAUACGCCUUCCAAUUCCUGCAACAGACGCUCAAGAACAAAAUACAGGACACCGAGGAGGCUCUGGAGAAGCAAGCUCAACACUCUCAGACCGUCUCGGAGAAACUGUGGCUCGCCGAGAGAAACCUGGAGGAGCUGGAGCUGGAGAAAGAAACCAAAGCCAAGAAAGCUCUAGAACUCAACAACACUGUUUCAAGACUGGAGACCGAGCUGGCAGACGCUCUGCAGGACGGGAACCAGGCUCGAGCGGAGCUGAAUCUGCAGCAGAAGCUGAGGGCUGAUGUUCAGCUGCGGGUCGAGGAGCUGGAGGAGAGUGUUCUGGAGAAAGACCAGGAGCUGCUGCGUCUCACACAGAUCGUCAGCAGACUGCAGGGAGAGGUGACAGAUAAGUUGAGUGACAAGGAGCAGACUCUGGAGGAGGAGAUCCAGCUGCGGGAGAGAGUACAGCUACAGUGUAAACAGGCCGAGAGAACGGUGGAGGAUCUGCGCAUGGAGCUACAGACACUCGGGCAGUCCAGAGACGAGCUCUCCAAACAGCUCAAGCUGGCCCAGGAGAAGAUCAUUGAUCUGGAGGCGGAUCUGGAGGAGCUGCAGGAGAACGAGCAGAGAUGGGCGUCUAAACACAAGAGAGCUCUGGAUCAGUCGGAUCAGGUGCAGAUGAAGCUCAUCCAGGAGAAAGAUCUCAACGAUCAGCUGGAGUGUGAGAAGGCCAUCCUGGAGAGACAGCUGCGAGAUGUGCGCAGUGAGAUGGAGGAGCUCCAGAAUAACAGAGUGGAGGUGGACUCCAUCACCAGAGCUGAGAUUAAAGCCAAAGAGCUGGAGAACACGCUGCGAGCCGAGGAGAGGAAUAAAGUGGUGCUGAGCAACACCAUCAGCAAACUGGAGAAGAAGAUCCACGACCUGACGGAGCAGAUGGAGGAGGAGCACAAGAUCUCCACGGAGCAGAGAGAGCUGAUGACUCAGCGCAUCCGGUCACUGAAGAGGCAGCUGAACGAGGCUGAGGAGGAGGCGAGCCGACGAGACGUCCAGCACCGACACACACACCGAGAACUGAUGGAGGAGAGAGAAGCUAACAGCCGCCUGCAGAGACAGCUGCUCGACCAACAGCUGCACAACAAGAGGAAAGAGUCCAGACAAACUCUGGAGAGCCUGAAGCUGAACCUCAGCGAGGAGGAAGAAGAAGAGGAGGAGGAUGAAGGGGAGAAGCAGCAGAGCGACUCCAAACCCACAGAGAAGCAGAUCACUCAGGUGUGAACGGGACCCUCACACGCCAAAGACUCGAACCGAACCCACUCGAGGAACAGGAAGUGCAGGGAAGCGGUUUCCUGUGGACUGUCGCUCUUCGUUCACUGCCGGAUCUGGUUUAGUGCGGUUUACAGUAAGCUAUCUCUCUCUCUCUCUCUCUCUCUCUCUCUCCGCUCUCUUUCUGUUGUUGUUUUCCGUUCGAUCAGCUGUUUACAUGAAUGUAAUAUGAAUGUAAUGGAGAUGUUGUAUGAGUUGAGCUGAUGAAGUGUUGUGCGGCUGACUCCGGACCUGUGCUGAUGUCAGGUUUUUAGGGAAUCCUCUUUAUUAAGUGUUAAUGAACGCUGCGUGUUUCUGAAAUACUGCAGCGCUUUCUGCUCCAGGGUCUUCGCGUGUACUUCAGGUUCAUGUGCAACUACCGAUGGUAAUAAAAUAUUAUAAACCAA